CCGCGUUAGCUACGCACACCAACAAGGUGAACAGACUUCCGGAAGUAGAGUGUAUCGUCAAUUCGCGUUGUACGUUUAUUCAAAGUGUUAGCUUUUAAUAUUUUCCUAAUUGGAAAUAAGGUAUUUACGUUAAUACGUUAGCACAUAUUCAAAUGUAAUACAAUUCAAUUUGGUCGAAGCAGCUGUCAAUUAUUAUGGACCCUAGUAGCUUGUGAGGUAAAUCUUUGCUAGCUUCACUCCUUUGAUCUAAAUGAAAACUUUUUAAACCCAUAAAAAGGCAUGUUUGUUGUUUUACAGAAAUUAAGAUAUUUCGUCGCAGGUCGAAAAGCAUUAAUGUAUGGUACCACUAUGAAUCUAAAAGAGGAGACAGUAGCCACUUUAAAGCGGUUUGACAUUGGAGAAAAGUUCUCCUAUCUUCCCGUCCUGCCUAAAGCGUCAGUGUUGAUCCCCCUGUUUGUGAGAGGUGGACAGCUGCACACCUUGCUGACUCUACGCUCAAAGGAGCUGAGGACCGGUGCUGGUGAGGUGUGUUUUCCUGGUGGAAAGAGAGACCCCAGUGACCGGGAUGAUGUUGACACGGCCCUAAGAGAGGCACAGGAGGAGAUAGGUUUACCGCCUGAUCAGGUCGAGGUGGUCUGCACAUUGUUUCCAGUCUUCAGCAAGAGAGGCUUGUUGGUGAGCCCUGUUGUUGGUUUUAUAGAGGAAACAUUUAUUCCAACCCCAAACCCAUCAGAGGUUAGUGCCGUGUUCGCUGUCCCGCUGGACUUCUUCACCAGAGAGAAGGACCACUACGUUAACCAUGGUGUUGCUGGGAUGACUGGACCGCUGCACUCAUUUUACUUUAGAGACCCUGCUUCAGGAAACCAGUAUCACAUAUUUGGACUGACGGCUAUGUUGGCAACAUUGGUUGCUGUUCUCUCUCUAAAGAAAAAACCUCAAUUUGAUGUUGGUUUUGAUCUUUUGGAUCCUUUAGCCUUUUUCAAAGACAUUCUGCAUAAAAGACUGAGUAAGCUAUAAUUGCACUUGAUGCCCCUGUGACUCUUCUAAACUCCUGCAGCCAGAGUACAAUAUGAUUCUCAAUUUUUAAAUGCCAGAUGUUUAAAAAAAAUAAUAAAAUGAUGCACUUUUGUUUCCACUAGUAAACAUCUCAAUGCUUCCUAAUUAAAAAAAUAAAAAUAAAAAUUCCA